AUGGACAAUUCUGACAGCAGCGACCCCGUCCCCUACUCUGGUUACACCCCUCUCACCCCCUCUGACUUUCCCUUUCGAGAAGACAAGCAAAAGCACUGGGACGCCGAGAACCCCGUUGAUCCUACUUUUCUCGUUGACAAGACCACUCGUUCUAAGUCCCUCCUUCUCUGCCUCGUCGUCUUCGCCAUCGCCUUUUUGAUCCUGUUUGUCUGGCAGAUCCUCGUGGCAAAGUGCGUCGUCAGUUCUCUUUGCGAAAAAAAUGAUGCAAGCUCUGGACCUACCACAGACUAUUUGUUCCAAACCUUCACCUUCAGGGUUCCCUCCGCCCUGCUCUGGAUCGGCCUUGUCGUGGGAGCCCUCGCUUUCUUUAUGGCUGCAAGAGCCGUCUACACGUUGCUCAUGAUCGAUGUCGGACCGGCCCGGCUGUUAGAGACUUCAAUGCUCUUGCGCAAGGUUGCAUCUACGGUUCUACUGCAUCAAUACGCCAUCAUGGUCCUCCCAACCGUCUUCGUCUUUACCUUGAUCGGCGCCUUUAUCAACUGGGCCACUGCCUCUUGUUUCAUUCUUGGAGCUCUUAUGGCUCUUGCAGCUGGACAGGCUGGAGUUUCUAUUGCCACGAGAGGGCAGGUCCGCAGCGCUGCUCAAGCUGUCGAUGACGUUAAGGCCCCGUUCAAGGUUUCAUAUCGCUCGGGUGCCGCGAUCAGUUCCGCCGUUCUCGGCAUAGCCGUGCUCGUUCCACCCGCCUUGUAUUUGAUGAUUUCUGAUGUUCGUGCCCUCGCCGGCCUUGCUGCAGGGUCGACCGCGGCAUCCCUCUUCGUUCGCAUGGCAAAUGGCAUUUUAACCCGUGCUACGAAUACUAGCGCGACCAAUCUAUGCGAUAACGGCGAUGGCGUAAUUGAAAACCCGCAAGAUGCUCACCUCAUCGCUGCAUAUGCAAGCUCCGGACUCGGCGCCAUUGUGGGUACGGCAAGUGAUACCUUCGCUUCUAUCGCCAGCGCCGUGGCUGGUACUGCCAUUCUUGGGACAAGCCUUCCCUUCUUUUAUCGCAACUCGCUCGCUAUGUGCGUAUUUAAUCAUCUCUACGUCGACCAGGUCUGUGGGCCCUUUGGAUAUCCCCAAAGAUUGUCCUACGCAACGUACAUAUGCAAAGAGGAUAAUCUGUACAUGAAAUAUCCCGAUCUGAGGACGUGGGGAUCCAACUCGGCGUUUGUUGCCCUUCCUUUUGUUAUCGUUGCCAUCGGUAUUCUCGUAUCACUUGUUUGCACUGUUUAUCCGCUGUACGGAAAGUAUGCUGUUUCAUACGAAAGUCAGGCACUCUGUGUUGUUCGUGGCGUACGGAUAACGAUGCGGCGCAACUACGUCAUCGGAUAUGUCCUGUUUAUUGCUGCGUCAGCUGCUUUAUGCUUUGGCCUCUUCGGCCCACUGUCAGAAUUUCAGAGUUACCAAGGGCUUGGAAAGGUGAAAGUCCAGAGAAUGGUACUCGACGGCUCCAGUGGACAGUGCGGAGAGAAGUAUUUGAACUUUUCGGGCGGCGAGGAGGUGAAUCCCGUCCCUGUGCCACAAGGAGGUGUUCUGAAAAUGGAUCAUUAUCGGCCGAUGACCGUGUCAGGAAGGAGUCUUGGAAAUGCAAACUCGACGUCGUGGCGCUUAUUUGGAUGUCUCAUUUUGGGAGUGCUCUUGGCGGCCACUAUGACUGGAAUCACUUGUGAUCAUUUCACAUCAGCGACUGCUCUCCCUACCGCUAAAGUUACCGCAUUUGUCCAGAGUGGCAAUUUGUCAAAGGCUAUUAUCCAAGCAAUUACUAAUGGUUUAAUUGCUACGGCGCUCCAGGCCUUGCUGGUUGCUAUCGCACUACUCUCGUCUUACAAACUGUUCGGGGCGUACGGAACUGGUUUGACGACACUGGGGUUUCUAUGUUCUGCUGGUUCCAGAACAACGUCAACGAUGAUGAACCAUGUCGCUGAGAACUCAAAUAAUAUCUCUUGCGCCUCCAGGAUGCGAUACUGGCGGCGAACAUUCUGUGAAGUGCUAAGUUUAGUAAGCAGUACUACAACAGCAUCAAAUACUGAGUUCGCAAAUGGAGCUUCAGUGCUGACGGCCUGCACGCUCUUCCUAGCUGUUGCACACCAAUCUGGGCUAGUCCCAUCACCACGCGGCUUGGUAAGCCCGGAGGAAAGCUCUUCGUCGCCAUCACCGUCGGUUUUCAUUGCCAAUUCCGAACUUUUGCCUGUCUCCGACAUACUCGUGACUGUAAGUGCUUUUCUUGGUGUGCUUCUUCCGUUUGCAGUAGCAGGGCUUCUGGUGGCCGCAUCCGCCCAGGCUACCGACGAAGUGGCUUUCGAAUCCGAGAACUAUACCCAUGCGGAGAUCACAGCCGUCGCUUUCUUCAGACGAAUAGCAAGGCUGAUGCUUCUUGAGUCGGUGAUCCCUGUCACAAUUUCACUUUUUGCUCCUGUGGUUAUUGGAUUCGGAUUUGGUCAGCGGGCCUUGAGCGGGUGGCUCAUGGCCCUCAUACCGGCCGGUUAUAUCUUGGGAACCUUUUUAACGAGUGCAUCAAGUAGCUGGAAUAGCGCGGAUAGGCAAGUUGGAGCCGAUCUGACGCCGAGUGAGCUGCUUCCUUGUGAAAAUGCAAGGCAUAUGCCCCGGCUAUUGCGGGAGGGACGAGGUCGUUUUACAAGCGAGUUGACCAGCGCACUUCGAGAUUGCGCCGGACCGGGUUUGCAAUCACUGUCGAAGUUUUCGGCUUCCAUGAGCCUUGUAGCUGCCACAGUGAUGCGUCCAGAUGAUGACAAAGGCUGGAUUGGUGGGAUCAUCCUGGCGAUUAUCGCGGUGUUUCUUCUUGUGUUCGCUCUACUGAAGAGCCGAUGGUGGGCUCAAGGAGUGUCCAGAAGUGCUCGGGAUGAGGCGCAAGUUCGAGCUCCUCCGAAACAAGUUUCCCCGUUUUACGAAGAAGGCCCAAUGAUAGACCCGGCGACUGUGCGACCUGGAAGCCAAGUGCAUGAUGCUUUGUUAGCAAUAGGCAGUCCAACCGAACCAGUCUCGCCAACGAUAUUGCCUGGGGUACUGGAGGACCCCUUCACGCAAAGGCCCGACAAUUUUUUUAGGUUUAUGUCAAGUACGGACGAAGUUGUUGUCUAG